AUGAACGGUGAUUCAUAUUCCAGCCGCGAUCGUCCUAGUGGUAGACACGCGUCUUCGCGCGACCACUAUUCAUCCAGAGACGACCGCCGUGAUCGCGAUCGUGGUGGGGACAGAGAGCGCGAGAGAGAGAGACCACGCAGACGUUCGCGCUCACCCGGCCACCGCCCGCGCAGAGAAGAGUUCCAGGGAGACACAUACUCGUCGAGCCGCGACUACAGGGAGCGCGAAAGAGAAGACAGAUACGCUGGUAGAGACAGACGUGGAGGAGGCCGCGACUGGGACAGAGGUGACCGUGGUGCUGAGCGACGAGACCGCCGUGACGACCCGCGCGGAGGUGCUAGAGAGCGCGGUGACCGUGGCGAUCUCUUUGACGACCGCAGAGGUGGUGGUAGAGGAGGCCGUGACCGUGACAGUGGACGCGCCCCUCAACAAUCCAUCGACCAAAAGCGCAGUCCCAGCCCUCCGAGAAAGCCCAAGGAGCCUACUCCCGAUCUUACCGACAUCGUACCCAUCCUCGAGCGCAAACGUCGCCUCACACAAUGGGACAUCAAGCCUCCUGGCUAUGAGAAUGUCACAGCUGAGCAGGCCAAGCUCUCGGGCAUGUUCCCUCUUCCUGGUGCUCCUCGCCAACAACCUAUGGACCCUACGAGACUGCAGGCUUUCAUGAACCAACCUGCUAACGCUGGCGCAAACACCGCUCUCAAGCCCUCCAACGCUCGCCAGUCAAAACGUCUGUUUGUUCACGGCAUUCCUCCUACUUCUACAGAGGACAACAUCAUCGAUUUCUUCAACCUUCAACUCAAUGGCCUCAACAUUGUCAAGGGCAUGGAUCCCUGUGUGUCUGCCCAGAUCUCCCCCGAGCACGACUUCGCUUUGACCGAGUUCAAGACACCCGAGGACGCAACAACCGCUUUGGCCUUCGAUGGCAUCACCAUGGAGGACUCUGCCAAUGGCUCAGCCAAUGGAAGACCUGCUGGUCUGCAGAUCCGUCGUCCAAAGGACUACAUCGUUCCUGCCGUCACCGACGAGAGUGAACAGACAGAAGGCGUUGUCUCUGAGAAUGUUCCCGACACCCAAAACAAGCUCAGAAUGACCAACAUUCCCACAUUCAUCGAGGAUGCACAAGUCAGAGAAUUGCUCACCACUUUUGGCGAGCUCAAGUCUUUCGUCCUUGCCAAGGACACAUCGUCUGGCGCAAGCCGUGGAUUUGCCUUCUUCGAGUACAUGGAUCCCACCAAGACUGAUGAAGCUGUUACAGGCUUGAAUGGCAUCGAAUUGGGCGAUGGCGCGCUAAGAGCUGCAAGAGCCGCUGUCGGUGUGCAGCAGGUUGGUGGUGACAUGAGUGUGAACGCCAUGAGCAUGCUUGCUGGUACCACAAGCGCAGACGUUGAGCAAGGUCGCGUGCUCUGUUUGCUGAACAUGGUUACGGCAGAGGAGUUGCUGGACAAUGAUGAAUACGAAGAAAUCGUCGAAGACGUCAAAGAGGAAUGCAGCAAGUACGGACACGUACUCGAGAUGAAGGUCCCCCGUCCUUCCGGAGGUAGCAGACAGUCCACCGGUGUUGGCAAGAUCUACGUCAAAUACGACAACAACGAGUCGGCUUCCAAGGCCCUGCGUGCCCUGGCAGGCAGAAAGUUCGCUGACCGCACUGUCGUCGUCACCUUCUUCGGCGAGGAAUACUUUGAUGUUAACGCAUGGUAAAUUACGGCAAUUUGAUACCUGGUAGUUAUUGGCAAAUUUGCGACGGACUCUUUCCGAGACGUCUUUGGCAUGCAAAAGCAAGAAUUUUCAUUGUACAAUAGGAAGAAGAUGGUUGGGUCAUGCUGCCGAGUCGUAGCUAUUGCUUGCAAAAGCUUAUUGCAUUUGUUGUUCAAAAACAAACAUCGGUCUUCUUUGUGACCUUGUCGUCUUUUUGAGGUGUUUCUGGAGGAGGUGGUUCCAGAGGCGGCCAGUCAACGGCGGUUUCACAAAAGUCCGGGGGCGGAGUCGCUGAAGUA